GUGUGUGCGUGCGUGUGUGUUUGUGUGUGUGUUUGUGUGUGUGUGUGUGUGUGUGUGAGUGUGUGUGUGCGUGCGUGCGUGUGUGUGUGUGCUUGUGUGUGUACACGAGAUUAUCUGUGUUACUUUGUUUGUUUGAUGUAUUGCAGAUGAAGGAGCAGGCCAACCUGAUGAGAGAAGUCAAGAAGCAGCACUCACAACAUGAGUACAACAUUUUAACAAACUGGUGGCAUCAUCACAGACUGCACAACUGAAGCGAAUAGAUUCCCGGCACAUGAACUGAUAGUUACGACGUUCGUAAUGCCUACACUCUUACUUGCAAGACCAGCGACAUGAGCAACAAGAUAUAAUCACUCAAACUCACUGAAGCAGAAGCAACAACAAGCAAAGAAACCAUUGCAACAGUCAACGAUCUCUGUAAGACAAUAAAGACUUCCAGAAGGUGGAGAAGAAGCACUCGAGCGAGCUUCAAAAUCUCGAGGAGAAGCAAGUCAAGAAAAGAAUCGAUCGUACGAGAUGUCCUCCUUAUCAGAAACAACAUCUGCAGCUCACCUGAAGCAAAAUCCAGUCGAAUUUGUCAACUAUAACAAGCGGCAACUCUCUCGUGUGUAUCCAAAGGGAAGUCGAUAUGACUCAAGCAACUAUAUGCCACAAAUUAUCUCAGGUCAGAUGCUGUGUGGUCAUCGGUGUGGCAUAUACGUUGAACUGGAAAUGUAUGGGCUGCCGACUGACACAGUUCGUCGACGCUAUAAGACAAAGACUGUUCAGAGUACUCAAAUGAACACAGUGUGGAAUGAAGAACAAUGGGUGUUUAAGAAGGUUGUUGUACUUGAAUUGGCGAUGCUCAGAUUUGCAGUAUACGAUGACAGUAAUCACUUUCUAAGCCAGAGGGUCAUACCAUUGACAGCCAUACAAGCUGAAUAUCGACACAUUCCCUUGAGAAACGAACUCAAUCAGCCAAUUGACUAUGCCACACUAUUCGUUCUCUUCGAGGUGUCCGACUACAUUCCAGACGGAAUGGCCGACUUUUUGGCUGCAUUGUUGAAUCCAAUUGCAUACCAAAGUGCAGUGCAGAAACGAGCGAAGCAGCUGGAGGAAUUGUACGACGAUGAUAAAGAGCAAGAGGGAGGUGGAGAGCAGCUAACCACCCCAUCAACCUUCGUCAUUCCCAACAAAACUGACCCAAAAUCAUCAAAAGUGCCAAGCACAUCAUUCAGUAGCAACCUGACAACGUCCGACGCUAGCUCAUCCGAAAGUUACGACAUUCGUAAUGCCUAUACUCUUACUCGCAACACCAGCGACGCAAGCAACCAGAUACAAUCACUCAAACUCACUGAAGCAGAAUCAACAACAAGCAAGAAACCGUUGCAACAGUUGACGAUCUGAAAGACAAUAAAGACUUCAAGAAGGUGGAGAAGAAGCACUCGAGUGAGCUUCAAAAUCUCGAGAAGAAGCAAGCCAAGUCUCUCACGGCACUAAAGAGAGUCCACGAUGAAAAUUCUCUCAAAAUCCUGUGUGAAUAUCAUUGGAAGUGAAGUCGAUAUGAAUGAGUGUGUGUUGUUACCUGUCCAUUUCUUCUUUAUCAGAGACUUUGUCUUUCUGUUUGUCUUUGAACUUUUGCACCUCAUCCAGCAUGUCCUUGCUCGAUUUACGAUGUUCAAGCUGUGACUCUCUGGUGUGAUUCAAAGAAACUCACUCACUUCAUUUCAUCGAGAUGCAAAUGCCUCCACCUCCGAUGACUAACAUCUGGUAGUCUGAUGAUUCUCACUUCAGUUUUGUUCAGAUUGUGCGUGUUAAGAUUAAUUUAAGAUAUGCGCUAAAUUCAUACUAUCUACUGGUAGACUGUAUUGAAUAUUUGGUCGAAUGUCGCCUCGAGGAAUGAGAUUGAGGGACGCAGUUUGAGGAGGAGAUUUGUAUGGCACUGUUUUCUCAUUGUUUUUAGCAUUCGAAGAGCAUGUCUGUGUAUUGGUUUUUAAGUGCACUGGUGGAAGUAGAUUUUAUGAUGUUUAGUGCUCGUGAAGGAUAUUAGGAUGUGGUUAAUUAAUUGAGUGAUCA